AUGAGCGAACAAAGUCAGUUGGAUGAUUCCACCAUAGAUAAGCUGAUUCCACAGAUCUUCAAUGAGAUGAGAUCUAACCUCAACAGCACCACCAACAGACCCUCUAAGAGUACCGAAAAUGGAACAAAUGAUAACAUGCUGUCUGCCAAUACUUCUUUAAGGCCAUUUAAUUCAAUCACGACACAGUCUUUACUCAAAGAAUCGGAAUCCCUAGAUAAAAUAACGGCAAUGAUACGAAACGUUACAGGUGCAUUGAAAAAUAAUUUACCCGUAUAUGUUAACCAAGUAAACGAGGUAUGUAAAUCUACGAAUUCCAUAUUGGAUUCAUGGAUCAACAUCCAUUCUCAAGCAGGCUAUAUUCAUAAAUUGAUGAGUGAUCAAACGUAUUUAAAGCUAAUUAACGACAGGCUGAACUACGAGAAGGCUAACACAAAUGAUGAAGAUGGAAGCACUUUGCACAGCGUGAUUGCAUUGAAAAAGAAGGAGGUUUUGGAUUUAAAGCAAAAGUUAGAAAAUAAGAAGAGAGAGAAAGAGGACGUACCAGCGAAGUCGACAAAUCAAGGACUAAAUCCAAGGUACGGCGUACAAUCCGGGAGAAGGCCGUUGUCUUCCAAUGGUAAUGGUAAUAACGGUAGAGUGAGGAAGCCAACUGUUCCUGCUUCGAAGAGGCCUAGUGGUAUACCAAGGGUUACUAAUAGGUGGACGAAACCCACUGCUAGUAGUUCGAGAAAGAUGUUUCGCUAA